UCCCGAGCCGCAUGUGCCUGGGUGUUAUCUCAAAUCUGUUGACAUUUCGGAAGCGAGAAGUUAGUCUUUUUCCAAGAUCAACUCUGUUGUUCCCCUCCAUACGUAAGGGCCAAAUAAAGAAUGGAAAAUGACGUAAUUACCAACAAUUUCAAUAAUUAUGAAAGUUUUACUUCUGAAGCGUUUUCUACGCCAGCAUUUCCAGUGCAACGAUAUCAAACAGAGCUGUUUGAUACCAAUCCUGCAAAACAUCACAAUGGACAAUGGGUCUUUUCCCCAGAUUUCAUCGAUUUCAUGGAUUUGGAAGAAUCAUCCACCACAUCUGAUGACUGGUUUAUCACUGACACUACAACUGAAUCACAGGUAGAAUCACGGACAAAUGACUAUCUACGAACUGGAUGGGAAAUCGCCUGCAAAAACGAAAACAGGUCUUUUUUCUGUGACAAUACAAGCAAAAUUAGCGAUUGGAAAGCGAAAUUACAGUACAUUUAUCCUGAAUGUUUUGAAGAGGCUUUGGACAUUGAAUAUCUUCAAAGCACUUUAAACAAAGUUGAUCACGAUUGUGCAAAACGUAACAACCAUAUCAAACUUAUCAACGCCUCGGUAACGAACGCAGCCUCUUCUGUGCCACAAACUAGUACAAAUGUGCGAAACUUGUGGACUACUAAACCACCUGAGAUGCAAUGCCCAUACUUCCAGUCGCAAAAUACAGAAAAAGAAACUGUCGAUUCGAAAUCUUUGUGUCAGGCAAUGCAACGAAAUGAAAUGGAGCAUUUGACUCAUAAACUAACCGGAAAAAAUGCUAACCUCAACAGCUCUUCUACAGAAAAUAGUAAUUGGCUGAAUGAUGAUAGCGACCGUAGCCAAAGUUUUCUUACAACAGACAGGGUAACAGUUUGCAUUGAUGCAUUAAAGGACAUCGAAGCGCCAGCAGUCAGCUUGCGAGUGACAGGACAAAAUAAUUUUGAGGUAGAUGCAACGAAUCAUAGGACAGAUGAUGAAUUGAAUAUUGGCCAUUCGAAUCAGUUUCAAGAAGAUUCUGCAGAGAAUGAUGACGAACUCAGUAAACCUCGCAAAGAAAGAACAGCAUUUAGCAAAUACCAAGUUCAAGAACUGGAACAAGAAUUCGCACAACAUAACUACCUUACUCGGCUCAGGCGAUACGAAAUUGCCGUAGCUCUGGAUUUGACGGAAAGGCAAGUAAAAGUGUGGUUCCAAAAUAGAAGAAUGAAGUGGAAAAGGACUAAAGGCACUCAUAUAAAAGUCAAAUUAAAUAAAGAAUUAAAUAGAAAUACCACAUGUUGACCAAAAGUUGAACUUUAAGCAAGCUGAAUAUAAGUUUGAAAAAGGACUUAAGAAGUUUUUAUACUUGGAAAAACAAUAAAC